AAACUUCUCUCUCUCUCUCACAUUUUCUCGCACUUUCUCACCACUUGAUAAUGGCGGCACAAAUCGAUUUCGAACUUGACAACGGUGAAAUCCUCGAUCCCCUCUCCGACCAUAUUUCCUCCUCCUCCUCAUCCUCAUCCUCAUCCUCCACCAUUCUUCUCCACGAAGGAAGCCAAGAGCACGACGUCAUCACCACCUGUUUCCUCUCCGGCUUAGGCAACACCAACACCACGAUCGUCACUAUCCGCAAGAAAUCUCCUCACACGUUCACCACAAAAGCCAACCACCUCGCCUUCCGCAUCUUCACAGAAGCCAUAGCGCGAAAAAACAACGCAGAUCCCAACGUUAAAUACGCUUGGUACUGUAACCGCCGCUCCUCCUCCUCUAAAGAAGAUCUCGAACGUAUCAUCACAUACGGAUUCAGCAGCCACGACGAGACCAAAGAUUCUUCUUCUUCGUCUCAUGGAAUAGGAAUCCAUCUCUUUCCUUCUAACCUCUCCCUCUCCGCAGUGGAAGCAACGGAGGAAGAUGGAGAAGGUUUAAGACGUCUUCUGUUAUGUCGUGUGAUUCUUGGGAAGUCUGAGGAGAUUAUCUCCGGGUCUAAACAAGCCUAUCCGAGUUCGGUUGAGUUUGAUUCUGGUGUGGAUGAUGUUCAGAAUCCGAGAAAGUAUGUUAUAUGGAGCUCUACUAUGAACUCGUUCAUCUUGCCUACUUAUAUCGUUACUUUCAAAUCUCCUCGUCUCACAGUUGUGAGUAGAGGUGGUUUUUUGGAUAGACCGAGAGUUGGUUUUGCUUCCCUGAUGUCAAUGCUGGCAAAGUCGAUGGAUGGUGCGAGAAUGAACUUGAUUAUGAGAACGUACGAUGAUUUUAGGAAACGGAAGAUUCAGAGAGAUCAAUUGAUUAGGAAGAUGAGAGAAGUGGCUGGAGACAACCUUUUGGCUCAGAUUAUCAAAAACAAUUUCAGGGUUUGAGAAGGAGAAAGGCUCUCACGUGUGACGCGUAAUAGGAUGGGAUAGAAGAACACACACGUUAUAUACACUUGCAUAGAAAAGCUCAAUCAAUUGCGGAAACUAUGUGAAGAGUUUUAAAGGUUUUCUUUUUUCUCCUUUAUGUUAGCUGUAGAGGAUCAUCCCUUUAUGAUAUGAACUUUGGGAAAUUUGUAAAGAGCAUUCUUUCACAUAUCAAUGAAGUUUUCCAAAUUUCC